CACCUGUUUUAGCUUCAGCUGGGUGGUGACAGGGCACACUGGAAAUAUGUCUUGCUAGAGGAAACAUUGGAGACCUGAGCAGAGCACGGCAGGGGAUCUGAGCAAAGAUGAAGAAGAAUCAGUCUGUGCAGGGGACGUUCAGCAAACUCUUUGGGAAGAAACAUGCCAACAACUCCAACAACACUUCCCUCUAUGCCACAAAUCCACCCUGGAUCUUCACGCAAGAGGUCACUUCUGAGGGCAGAGGUGGUCCUGGUGACGUUGUUGAACUGUAUUAUGAGGAUAAUCGCGUUACUACAGUGACUGAUUCUGGAACAGCAACACUUAAGCCUCGGCCAAGAGUCCGACCGUUACUGACCUUCAUGCCCCUCAACACCCAGGAGACACAUGGAGUGGCUGUGCCAACCCCUUCUGUGCCAGAGGGUUUUGAAGAAAAAGCAUCUCUAGGCCUUAGGCCCCAAAUCAAUGGAAACUACAGACUGUACAAUUCAGUUGGAGACCUGCGGUCAAAGGCUUUCGAGAGAGACUAUCUGGACAACGAUAUUCCUCCACCCCCUUCAAUGGCUCCACCCCCGCCUCCACCCUCCAUGGCACCCCCACCCCCACCGAUGGAAAUACCACUGCCUCCACCAUGCACAGCACCGCCACCGCCGCUGCCGCCACCACUACCUCCAACAGCAGCAUCUCCGCAAUCCGUAGCUCCGCAUCUGCUUUCGUCUUCAACUGUAUCUUCUCCAGGCCCACUGUCCCCUCCGGAUUUCAUUCCUCCAGCACCUCCACUUGCUUUUGUGGUGCCCCCAGCACCGCCUCUGCCACCUCCAGCGCCUCCCACGCUUCAUACGCCCAUCUCAAACAGCGUCUCCAAGUGGAAAUCAGAAACGGUUCUGAACAUGAGGCAGGCAGAUGCCAGGGAAAAUACUAGCACCUCCUCUCUCACUGUCACCACUCCACUGGCCUCUCACCUGAAGGAAGAGUCGCCAACCAAGUCCACCCCAGAACCUCACCUAACUUUCCCCAGAUCAUUAAAAGUACCUCCCGCUGCCCCGGUGAGAAGUUCAUCCAUUUCCAUGGAAGAAAAAGAUUCUGGUGAGGAAGAUGGGCCUAUUUCCAGACAGCCUCGCACCCGCCCUCCCCUUCCACCGAGCUUUACCAUAAGACCUGCAGCAAAGGUGCACUUAGCUGGAGAAGCUGAGCAGAAAUCUACCUUGGAUAGGCAGAUAGUAACAAAGCCCGUCAGACAAAUCACAGAACCCGCGAGCCCAAGACCAGGGUCAGACUCUGGCAAAGGGACUAAUUUUAAUAGCUAUCGGUCCUCAUUGUCAGAGGCAGCAAAGGUCCCGCUGGAGAAAGCUGAAAAAGACUUAGGCCCAAAAUCUGAGUUUCCUGCUGCAGAGGAGGAACCAGACGUGCCCUCCCCAGACUACACAUCAUCUGAUGAUGACUGGAAGGAACCCAGUAAUCUAAAUAGGCUGAAGCAAGAACUGUCAGUUUUGCUGUCCUCUUCUUCGAAAAGGGAGGAGAGACAGCUGGAUAAACCCAUAAGUGCCAGACCUACCAACAGUAUUACUGACCACGCUAGCAAUGAUAGGUUUAGCUCUGUUGGGUCAAAACAAGCUACACCUACUUUGAAAGAUCUGCAGUUACCUGCAGGGGGGGAAAGUGAGAAGAAAGAGAAGAUGCCUACUAAUUCACUCACUGCAAAAGAGAACUCCUCCUCGGUUUUCUCUGCUCCAGGCAAUAAACCCACCAGCACAGAAGCAAACAGUGUUAUGAAAUUCAGGAACGAGCUGGAAGCACUACUCUCCCCAACAAAGGAAGGUAAACCACCAAUAGGACUUACAAAUCACAGACACAGUCCAGGCACAAACAGAGUUACCCUGAAUUCUGGUAGCAGCCAGACAAAUUCUGGUGACUCCAGGCUGCCAAAACCUGUUGCCAAUCAGCUCCCACCCACAGCAGCUUCAGUGGAAGUUGAGAAGACACAGGAGGAUCGUAAGACUCCCAGGGCCCUCACCAGUAAUAAGACUUUGGAGAACUUAAACCCUGUUCCAGGAUACCUGCCAUCUGAGAAUGUUCGGAAGUCUCCAGACCCACCUCAGAAACCAAAGGACCAACUCUUUGUUCUAGCCUCCUCUUCGCCCUCCUCUAUAGAAGCUACCUCUCCCCCACAAACCGCUGGGUCACACACAGACUUUUCUCUCGUCCAAUACAAGACCCAUCGGGCCAAGACCAGCUCCACAGACAGUCUGUCUUCUCUGACCCCCUCCCAAACCGUGGAGGGGGGGCCAGUCAGUACAAACAAACGUGAUGCAGACAGAGGCACAAUCCUGUGCUCUGCUGAGAAGUCACGGAUGCCUUCACUGCCAUCCUCUUCCUCCAUGAAUGCAGACCAGGAGGAGGAGGAGGAUGUCCUGACCCACCCAGUCACAGGAGAAAAGGUGGAGAAAGGCUCUCCAAUGGCUCUCCUCCUGGCUGCAAAACAGCGGGCCCAAAGAGGCAGGCAACCUGCCUCCCGCCAGAACAGUUAUUUGUCCAAAAAGCCCCCCGUUAAGCUAUCUGAGAAACUCAGCAGCGGCAGCAGCAGCCAGUCAGAAACUGGCUCAACCAACUUCUACUACAGUGACUCCAAGCCUUACUCCUUUGUGGUGGUACCAAAGUCCCCGCCGAAGGAGUCACCUGCCCUGUUGGAGGGAAAGCGGCAUGACAGGAGGGUCACACCUGAAGGGAAGGCACUGGGCUCCUCAGAACCAGGACAGAGAGCCUACAAACCGCUGUCAUUCUCCAGCACUUCUGAGCAAAGCCAGAGCAUGCAGAAAACUAGCGGUGGGGAGUCCCAGAGCCUUUCCAAGCCAGAGAGGUUUGGUGCCUCCAGUUUAGUUCAAGGCCUCUUAGACUCCAGACGCUUGAGGCCGCAAGACCUGCCCCCCAAACCUGACCUUCCCCUGUACGCCGUCUCUUCACCACCUCCUAGUUCCGUGUCCAAGGAGGAGGAAGAAAAUGGAGGGAAGCUUGACUAUGAGAUCAUCCCACCACCACCAGAGUUCAGCAAUGACACCAGCAGGGUCGAGAAAGCUUCUUCAAACGUGGGAGAGAGCCGCAGAGACCAGAGUUUCCCAGAUUACAGCCAACCCUGGGAAAGGCAGCGGAAUAUCCGACGCCCAAGCUACGGCUAUGGCAACAGUUACGCCCUGCCCUCCAAAAUGGCCCCAGACAGCAGUACGAGGAAUAGCGGCUUCAGUCAACAUCAUCCAGGUGGCAGUUACUCCACUGGCCCUCCUGUCUGCAGCCCAGACAGCCGCCCGCUGAUCAAGAAGCGCCUGUACGUGUCUGAACCCGAUAGGUCCUACACGAGAACCUCCACGUCCUCCAGGAACGUUAGCACACCCGUGACCUAUGGCCACAACAUGGUGGGGUAUGGCUCCCAGGCUGCAGAGGGGAUGCGCCGGGUCAGCUCCACCCACAGGAGUUCCCCCAGCAGCACGCAGGGCAGGCGCAUGUCACUGGAGCCCCCUGGGAAAAGCAUGUCUUAUAGCAACACCAUGAACAACGCCAAGUAUAAAGGGCAGAAUGGGGAGUACUCUGCCGCCAGUGCAGCAGCAACCAGCAGGCCUAUCCAGGACAACCCACAGUACAGUUCUCCUGUGAACACCUUCACUGUCAGGCCUGGGACACGGCAGCCAAUUUCCUACACGUACCAAGGUAGCCAUCGAUAAGUUGGUUCAGGAGGCUGCUUUGCUGCCUUCAGUUACAUAAACCCCACAAGCCUGUUCCAACUUGGUGUGACGCAGGAUGGACCUUGAUGUGUCAUUAAUGAUGAACACUACCCAGGAGUGGUUCCGUAGGAGCAUAAAGGUCUGCCAUGGCUCCGAGUAUUCUGUAAAUGCACUGCUUGCAAAUUAUUGGGGGCGAGGGUGAGACUAAAACCCUUCUCAAAAAACAGAUACGGAGAGUCGUUACUGGAGAAGCCCAGUUGCUGCACUGUUGUCCUGAAGGAAUGCUUUCUCUCUCCCCCACAGGACCAUUAGGUAAAUGCUCUAGCCUAUUAGGGCUUUUAAAAUGUAAAAGAAAGAACAUGCCCUGCAUGCUGUUUAAAAACAUGUGAUACAAAAUUACUCGUUAGUGAUUUUCUUUUGUUAAAUUCAGUUUUAAACCUACUUUAAAUACAAUUUAUUUGGAAGGGGGGAAAAACUCCACUGGGAACCUGCAUGACAAGGGGAAGGUGUCUGAAUCCAAAUAUGCUAAAAACGGGUUGUAGAAAUAGGGAGCUUUAACAGAACAGUGAGAGACGUGAUCAGAGCGGAGGAUGGAGGAUCUGGAACUCCUAGAAUCUAAUCCUAGCCCUGCCACAGACUCCGUCACUAGCCUUGGGCAAGCCAAUUAGCUGUAUGUUUUCAAAAGUGGCUUUUGAUUUUGAGGGCCUGUCUUGACCCCUGAGGUCCAUAGGAGUUGUAGGUGCUUCAGCAUCUUUGGAAAAAAUCACCUUUGUGCUCUCUCACUGAGCAGCCAGAAAGGGAGGUGUGCACAUUUAAAAGCCACUUCUGAAAAUUUGGGCCUUAAUGUCUUGUCUUCAUUUAGCUCAUUUGUAAAUGGUGCUAAUGCUAAUGACCACCUGCCUCAGAGGAGUGCUGAGAAGAUUAACUGGUUCAGGUUUGUAAAGUGCUUUGGAGAUGGAAGACAUUAAGUGAUUAUUGUCCUUAAAUUCUGUCCAUACUAAUGGACAUCACUGUGAUUUACAAACUGUGUAGAGUUUUACAGUUCUCUUGUCCUUCAGAAGAAUGCCCCUUUAAAUGCCCCAUUCCAAACAGUUAAGCAACUUGUUUUCCUGUAAAUUCAUGUCUCAUAAAGGAUGUGGUUUUAGUUUUAGCCUACUUUGGGGUCAGCUAAUUUUUAAUAUAGUCCUUAAGUAGCUGACACACUGUCUUUUGUAGUGUGCCAUUAGUAAAAUAUUAGUGGUUUAUAGCAUCGUCUGUUUUUAUCUAUUUCUGUAAAUGUAUUAUGGAUGCACUCUUACCAUCUCAUCAGGCAAGCAUGCUGCACUGUGUCUACUUUCUUCCAGUUCAAAUAUGUCUGAAUUACAGUCAAAGGUUAUCCAAAUGAGAUGGGAGCCAUGAAAGUAACUGUAGGUAAACAGGGGACUUGAGUCUCUCUCUCCCUAUAUAUAUAUAUAACACACACACAGAGGGGGAUAUCUCAUUUUACAUAACCAACGUUUGGUUAGCUAUUUCAGUUGGUAAAAGAUACAUAAACAAAACUCUACUAUGCAUCAAAAUAAACUCAGUUAAAAUUACUGUAAAAUAAAUGUAAAAACAUGUAGAACAUAUUUUCUAGUUAUGGACAUCAAACAAAAAGCACUUUGAGACACUAGUCAUUUUUUAUUUAAAGCACUUUUUAUUUUCACUAAUAUGCAAUACCUUUUUAGUUCACUGAAGCUUUUCCCAUGUAGAGUGUGUGUGUGUAUAUGUAAAAGGUUUUUAUUUUUGCUGUUGGACUCUUAAGUGAAAAAAUUUUGGCUUACACUAUGCAAUUUUUUAAAACAAGCUUUUUUGGUAUGAAUGUCAUGUUGCAAAUUGAUAGUAAGUGUACCAUUAUUUGUAAUUCAUUAUGCUAAUGACUCAACUUCUGGCCUUAUUCCACAGUUGUCCCAUAUAUUGGAUAUAAAUUUAAGUAUUCUGGACUUCUACUUUGCCACAAAUACAAUGAGAAUGCAAAUAUGAGUGUAAUGGCUGAAAAUCAAUUCCCCCUAAUACACAUAUGAUGCACAAUUCCAAAUAAGCUUACUCCAGGGGGUAUGCAAUAACUGACACAUGAAAUGCCAGCAUGGUGUUUAAAAAAUAAAAUGAAUGGGUACUGAUGGAAGUAAUAAUUUUCUCUAUAUUGUAAGUUGUUGCCAAAAGUACUAGCGCCCCAAUCCUGCAAAUACUUAAGAACACAUGCAACAUUUAUAUUGUACCUAGUUCUUGUCGAAGUUUAUGGGAUUACAUGUGUGAGUAAAGCAAUGCACCUUUUUCACUGUUUGCAGGAUCAGGGCCUGAAUUUGGACUAUUAAAAAUAUAUUUUUCUUGUAAAUAUUCAGAUGAUUUUCCAGUGGCUUUUUUUUUAAAACUACUUUUCACCAUUUCAGUUUCACACAGGCAUGAUUUUGCUUCUUAAUGUAACUUUUUGCACACUAAGAUUAUGGCAUUGACCUCUAAUUAAUAACCUGAAAUUGCGAAUGCCAACUUUCUCAUCAAAACUGUUCAAAAACAAGUUUGGGAAAUUGAAGCUUUACUCAUAAAUGAUCCAUUUUCAUAAGGAAUGGUCCUAGGUUGUUUUGGGUUUUCCAAGCAAAACCCUGUAAAAUUAGCCUGCUAUUCUGAAAACACAAAAUCUGAAAUAUUGUUUUUUUGACACAUUUGAAUGUUGUUGCUUGUAUUUCACGCAGUCCCACUGGAUACACCAAAUUGUAUUGCUACUUUAUGUAGUCUGGGGAGGUUUUACUUCCAUCAAAACUUUGUUAUAUGAUAAAUUAAAUAGUUAUUGUUCAUAUUGAUAAAACAGAUUAGUUUAUUUUGUGAACUAGAAAAACAACUUCCAUUUUAAUGUAAAUAUGGGCACCUACCCUUAUAAGUAGAUGAAACAGUUACUUGGAGAACAAUAAGAUGGUGUCCGUGGUGGUUAAUUCAAGCCAGUGUUAAUUCAAGUGGGAUUUUGUGUUCACUAUUAUAAACGCGGGUAGUAUGAAUUAUAUUCUACUUCCUGAAUGCCUGCUCCCUCUGAACUCAAUGGCAAAACUCUGUAGACUACAAGGAGAGCUUCAGUCUGGUGCUCUGACUGGUUCCCAGUGGAGAGCUGCCACAUUGCAAAAAAAAAAUAUCACUAUCAGUUAUUGGCAGAAUAAGCAGAGGGGCAAAUCCCAGAUGGGCAAUGAAGAGAGACUUUUAGGGAAGGACGGGGGUGCCUCCAGGUCAGGCUGGAAGCACUUUAACAGGACAGCACAUAUAGUCCGCACUGUGCUGUAGAUCAACACAGGACUUUAUUUUAAUUCCAGAGCUCUUAAUUUGGCAACUUUCACUAGCUUUCUACGUUCAGUAAUGGUGUUCAGUCUUUGUUUGCUUUUUUAAUAUAAAAUCACCCAGAUGAAUUAAUGGUUAUAUAUGUUCUAUUUGGUCACUCUAUAUAGAUCACUGCAUAUAGGUCGCUUCCAAAAUGAAUAAGUGGCUUAUAGUCCAUAUUAACCUGAUGUUUAAAACCUUCUAGUAUUUUUAAAUGAUUUGCUUUAACUUUAAUGAAAACUUUGGUCACUCAUUUAUCAGAACUGUAGUUAUUUCAAGCAAAUGAGUAUUCUACACUUAAGCUACACUGGCGGUAGUAUAACUGAUAUUUUUGCUUGUAAGAUGUAUAACAAGCUUUUAUUUAUAAACUGUAUUAAAA